AUGAAUUUAAUUGAUUCAAAAUCAUUUCAAAUUAGAGAUUUCAUUGAUAGCGUCUGUGAUGAAUUCAAUUUGGAUAAAUUAAAUAAGGAUGAUUACUUGAAUUCUAUACAAUCUAAUCUCGAUGAUCUGAAUAGCUACCACCACAACCUCAACCUCUCCCGAAACAAGCUGAUUCGCUCCGUGAAACAUGCAGAGAUCAAACACACUCAAAUCACUCAUGAACUCACUUUAAACUUUGAAGCCGUUGGUAACUCCUUCUUGGAUUUGGAAAACUCCAUCUCUCAAGUCGGUAAUACCACCCUUAACAUCGGUGAUCAAUUGCAGCUCUUCUCUGAUGACCGCUCAAGAGCUCUCGCUGCAAGGGAUCUCAUUCAACACUACUCCGCCCUUUCCAGAGGUGAUUCCUCUAAGCUAGACUCCCUCAGAAAGUCUCCCGGUAAAGAUAAUAGAAUGUCUUGCGCUUUCCUAUUAAGACGUUUGAGUGCUGUUUCUGCCGUCGUCGACACUCCUAAUGCAAAGAGUACUCAAAAUAUUAUCGAAAAGUACUGUGAAAAGUUCGAAAAGGAUUUGCUUAAGUUGUUCGACAAGUCUUAUCGGAAGGGUGAUCCAAAAAUGAUGGCUCACUGCGCUCAAACUCUUUUAGCUUUCAAUGGUGGCGCUUCUUGUAUGCAAGUUUACGUCAAUCAACAUGACUUCUUCAUAUCAAAGGAUAAAAUUGGUCUGACUUCCUCCGAUCCAUCACAUCAUCUUGAUUCUAACCUCUGGUCCUCGAUAAGUGAUCCGGAUGUACAACCACCUUCAAAUGAACCAUCUUUGACUGACUUAGUCAACGAAAUACGCAACACCGUCGAACAAGAAGCUCAAAUCAUACAAGCUGUCUUCCCAAACCCUGCUGUAGUUAUGCAAGUUUUUUUGCAAAGAGUGUUUGCACAAUCAAUUCAAACCAAAAUUGAAGACUUGCUAGAGCAUUCUAGGGCUAUUUCCAACUUUGCCUUCUUGAGAAUGUUACACCUGUCUAGAAUGACAAUAUCGGGUUUAGUCGAUGAUUUGAAAAAAUUUGACACGUUAUCAUCUUCAAUAAAAUCUAUGGGUAGUGCUUUAGUCGCACCUGGUACUUUCGCUGGUCCGUCUGGAAUUUCUAUGAUGCUAGAUCAGGCUCUCGAUGAACUCUUCGUACCGUAUAUGGAAGGAGAAAGAUAUAUCUCACUUGAAUGUCAAUCUUUAACUGAAUUAUACGCAGGAUUUUUAUCCAACUUCACAUUAUACCACAAUAGCGCACAUGGACUAAAAUCAACAUCAGUUUUAGAUAGAGUGGUUAGUCAAUUGUCCGAAACCUCAACUGCUUCAUCAUCUGCUGCUGCUUUGUUAAAACUUUCUGGGAAGAACGACGAAAUCAACAAGGAAUUGGACGAGAACGAUGGAAAAUUAUCAUUAAACGUUGCAGAGAGGAUGCUACGCUGGAAUGCAGAGUCUGUUGGUAGAUGUAUAGACUUGACGCUAUCAAACAAUCUAUCAAAGAAUGUUUUCAAGCUGUUGCAAACAUUAGCGGAAUCAAUCGGUGGAUCUUAUGUUGAGACAGCGAUAGAUAGCACUAUAUACAAGAUUGAAUCGAGCAAAUAUGAUGUACCAUUUGAAAGCUUGGAGAUAUGUUCACCUGCUGAUUUAAUUACUCAGCUGUGGCAAAGGUAUGCAGCAACAACUAUCAUACCCCUAACGAAUAACGGCGCGAUUGGAAUGAAAAGGGAGUUGGCUGUGUUUGCAAAUAAUACGAUUAAUCGACUAGAAGUGAAACUGAAUACAAUACUGCAGAAGUUAAUGGAUGUCACGAUAAACUACCUUGGUAGCUGCCUACAGAAACAACGCAAAGGCGAUUUCAGACCCAAAGACGAUGACACAUCGUUUGCCAGAAUCAAUACCGAACCUUGUUUGCUAUGCUGUCAAGUAUUGUCAUCGGCACGAGAUUAUGCGAUGGAUUCAUUGACAGGAUCAAAUUUGGAUAAGUUUUUGAUAGAAUUGGGAGUAGCAUUUCAUGGGUUGCUACUGGAUCAUUUGAAAAAGUUUUCAGUGAAUCCAACAGGUGGACUCAUGUUGACUAAGGAUAUAGCACUCUAUCAAGAAACGAUAACUAAUUUCAAUCAAGCGAUACUCAAGCCGAGGUACGAAAUGCUGAGACAGUUGGGUAACUUGUUCAUAGUGAGACCAGAAGUGCUGAGGGCGUAUAUGCGCGAUGACGUGCAUUUAUCAAAGCUGGAUCCAGCAAUGCUUCGACCAUACUUGUCGCAAAGGUCAGAUUAUACCACUUCCCUAGCAAAGUAUCUCGACAAGGAGUUGGGUAUAUCAACAACAUCAUCAUUCGCUAAUGGGGGCAAUCUAUAUAAGGCAGCGUGGGCAACGUUGAAUAAUCCAUCAAGUAGUAGUAUACCAGUGACGAGAAGAGGGACUGGAGAUGAGAGUGAGAGUGUCAAAGAGGACCAAAAACCAACACCGCCAAGAACGCAGCUACAAAGACCAAAGUUGACGUCAGAUGGACGAAAGAGACCAGGCACGGCGAUAGGAGGAUUGUUUGAACAAUUAGACACGCUAAAUAUGGGAUUAGGAUUGAAGACAGAUGAUGAUGGUAAUGACAAGGAAACGAGUCAAAAGAGGGCUCCAGCGGAUGAUGUCGUGUGGACAGUUAUAAAUCAUCAAUUCUGCAGUUACAAAGUAAAAACGACGACGCAGAAUUUUUGUAGAAAUGAGUACAACGUUACUGGAUUCUGUAAUAGGCAGUCUUGUCCACUCGCAAAUUCAAGAUACGCAACCGUUAGGGAACAUGAAGGUGUCAUAUACCUAUACAUAAAGACACCGGAGAGAGCACACACGCCUAAGCAUAUGUGGGAGAAGAUCAAGCUUUCUUCCAACUAUACGAAAGCUUUGGAGCAAAUAGACAGCCAUCUGUUGUAUUGGCCAAAUUUCACCACGCACAAGUGCAAGCAGCGUAUAACAAAGCUGACGCAGUAUUUGAUUAAAUUGAGAAAGCUUAAAUCUAGACAGGAGCCAAAGCUAGUCGGUAUCAAGAAGAAGAUUGAUAGAAGAGAGGCUACGCGUGAAGAGAAGGCGCUUUCUGCAGCCAAACUCGAGAGGUCCAUAGAGGCAGAGUUGAUCAAUAGACUCAAAUCCAAGGCUUACGGUGAUGCACCGCUCAAUGUCAAUGAGGAUGUCUGGAGGAAGGUACUUGAAGCUGAUAAGAAUGUUGAGAACGAGGAAGAGUUGCUUGAUGAUGAAUCCGAGGACGAUGAGAUUGAUAGUGAGGAUGAAAGGGAGUUCGUUGAGGCUAGUGAUAUUGAAUCAGACGUCGAGGAUAUGGAGGAAGGCGUAGCAGGUAUGGGAAGUGAGCAGAGCGAUGAAAGUGGGCAGUCAGAGUCGUCAGAGAGUGAGAACAGUGAUGAAGACGGAGAUGACGACGACAAGAAGAAGGGUGAUGACGAUGAUAAGAAGAAACGCAAGAGAAAGGGAGAAGGUAAGGCUAAGAAGGACAACAAACGGCGAGGCAAGCAUGUUGAAGUCGAGUAUGAGGAUCAAGUCGAGCCAGUCACCAAAGAGGCUAUACUUGAUUGGUAG